AUGAGUAUUUUAAGAAAGAGUUUCUGUUAUUCUAUGUAUUAUAAAAAAUGUAACUUUCUUAUAACAAACGAACUGAAUGACAAUUAAUAAUUAUUUAUAGGAAUACCAGAUGAAGGAGGUUUGAGACCUUUAUGUUGGAAACUUUUAUUAAAUUAUUUGCCUUGUACAAGGGCCAGUUGGUCAGAAACACUAACACGUAAAAGAUCACUGUAUAAAACUUUUAUUGAGGAUCUCAUUGUUACACCAGGUGAAACAAACAGUGAUGGUGAAAGAGUAGAUGUCACACUUCAUGAUCAUCCAUUAAAUUUAAACCCUGAUAGCAAGUGGCAAACCUAUUUUAAGGAUAAUGAAGUGCUUCUGCAAAUAGACAAAGAUGUUAGAAGAUUAUGUCCAGAUAUAUCAUUUUUUCAACAAGGCACAGAUUAUCCACGUGAAGAGAUUGUGAAUGCUAGUGGACAGAAACGUUUACAUCAUAGAGUGCAGCAUACAGUUUUAAGAAGUGCAAAUGUGGAAAGAAAGGGACUUGGUGUCACUAAGAUAGCAGUUUCUAUUAGAAAAGCUGCAGAAGAUUAUGCACCACUUGCGGAAGGUGGUGAAGCACACUGGGAAGUACUAGAAAGAAUACUUUUCCUUUAUGCUAAAUUAAAUCCAGGACAAGGUUAUGUGCAAGGCAUGAAUGAAAUUGUUGGUCCUAUUUAUCAUGCAUUUGCUUGUGACCCUGACCAAAAAUGGAGAGAACAUGCAGAAGCAGAUACUUUCUUUUGCUUUACCAAUUUAAUGAGCGAAAUUCGCGACUUCUUUAUAAAGUCCUUGGAUGAAGCUGAAUUUGGAAUAAAUUCAAUGAUGAGUAAACUUACAACCCAAGUUAAAGCUAAUGAUCCGGAAGUUUGGAUGCGUUUGCAUCAACAGGAAUUAUGUCCACAAUAUUACAGUUUUAGAUGGUUGACACUUCUUCUAUCACAAGAAUUCCCUUUACCUGAUGUUAUGAGAAUUUGGGAUUCCCUUUUUGCAGAUGAAAACAGAUUCAGUUUUUUGAUACAUAUUUGUUGUGCCAUGAUUUUGCUCUUGAGGGACCAAUUACUUGCUGGAGACUUUGCAACCAAUGUUAAACUUUUACAAAAUUUUCCAUCAAUGGAUAUCCAGAUAGUACUUUCUAAAGCAGCUGCUUUGGCAGGAAAAAGUUUGAAUUCACCAUAAUGAGUGACUAUCCACAUGCAGCUAUAUACAGAAUUGAAGGUAUAAACGAAAGGAUUGGAAUGGAGUGCUUAAACAUCCUUUAAAGGUAUAUAUUUCCGUUGCUGUUAUUUUGUUCGUUUUCCUCCCUUUUUUCCUAGUUUUCUCUUCUGAUUUUACAAUGUAAAUUAUGAUCUUACACAUAGGCCUGAACAUUCUUCCGCGAACAACUUAUCAGAACUAAAAAUCGUUCUAGAUGGUUCGCAUAGAAAUAGAUACGUGCAUAAAUAUAUAUUGUAACAUGGUAUUUGCGUGUAAGAAUCGUUGAAGAGUAAAAUAAUUUUAAACAAUGUUUUAUACUCCCAAGAUAUAAAAGUUUCUCCAUUUAUACGUAGGAGGCCGGGAUUAAUAAGAUCUGAAAUUAGCUCUCCGUUUCUUUACUAAUUGACAAGAUGGAGAGAA